UAUUGGGGGUCCGAAAGGCUAGAAGCCGGCGCUAUGCAGUACACCGGGAGCCAGUAUAUCGGGGAGUAUGUAGACGGGAGGAUGGAGGGCAAAGCUGAAUACAUUCUCCCUACAGAAACGAGAUAUGUUGGGGAAAUGAAGGAUGGCAUGUUCCACGGCAAAGGAACCCUGUACUUUCCCAAUGGGAGCCGAUAUGAUUCCACCUGGGAAAAAGGAUUGUCUUUAAAGGGAAAUUAUACUUUUGCUGAUGGCCUGAAGUAUGACGACAAACACUGGCAUUACUGUGACAGUUAUGACCGAAGGUUUUACACAGAGAUCUGCUAUGGCUUGAAGCCUUCAGGUAUCUCUCAACUCACCAACAUGGACCCACCCAGAAAAAUCCCUGUCGGCAAUUAUGAUUGUGGAGAUGGCUUCUACAACCCCAUCACAAGGAUUGUCAGGGACUACAGGGGCCGCUUCCUGAGAAACGCAGAUGAUGAUGAGCAUGAGUGGAUCAUCAAGGCCUGUCGGAAGGGCUGGGAUGAGAUCGUUGGUCACAGGCCCAAGCUGUGAACCCUACCAGAAGUUUCCA